AUGUCCCCAGGCGCCUCCUCCUCCUCGCUGCAGCAGCAGCAGCAGCAGAACCACCACCAGCACAACCAACGCCCGCAGAGCAGCACCAGCGGCAGCAUCCACAGCAAUGGCGCCCCCUCGCACGAGGACCAGCUCGACCGCCAGAUGCUGCGGCAUCUCAUGCGGAAAUAUGGCGGCGCCGAGGGUCUGUCGCGAUUGAUGCUCGAGGAGAAUGGUCCCCCCCUCGACAGCGCGUCCGAGAUCACGACGAGCACCUUCUCCAGCGUCGAAUCGGCGCCCACCUCCCUCUUUGACAGCGGCUCCAGCAUCCGGUCGGAGGAAACGGGCUCGGGACGCGGGAGCAUCAUUUCCAACGUAUCCGCCCGCACGGCCAAGUUCCUGAGUCGCUCGAGCGAGGACGUGCACGCGUCCGCAUCCCCAUCCGCCGCCGCCAAGCAGCGAGGGACAUUUACCUGCGGCUUCUGCUCCGAAGAGGGCGUCGUCAAGACGUGCACGCGCAAGAACGACCUCAAGCGCCACAUUGAGGAUUUCCACUACACAAACGCCCAGUGGCAGUGCCGGCAGCGGUCCUGCGGCCAAAUGUUCGACUGGGCCACCGUCUACAAGACGCACAUCAAGGUCGUCCACGGCGGCUCGCGGAGCACCAACCUCGACGACGCCCGCAUCGAGCUCUGCCCCCAGCAGGUCUUUGCCUGCGGCUUCGAGAACUGCAUACAAGUCUACGAGACGACCCGCGACGGCGAGGAGGCCCUCGCCUUUAAGAACUACGUCGCCCACGUCAUCAAGCACCUCGACGAGGGCUCCAACUCGGGCGACUGGUCCUACUCCACACGGAUACGCAACCUCAUGCGCCAGAGCGGCACCCUACGCGCCUGGACAGAGAGCGACUGGCCCGAGAGCGAGCGCAACAAGCUCGUCUGGACGCCCCAGACCAGCGUCGUCCUACGGAAGCAGCUCGAGACCAAGCACCUGGGCGAUCUGCGCAUGCUCGUGCAGUACGCCAUCGCCCUCGGCUCUGAUCCGGAGAGCGUGCCUGCCAUUAGCAACGGCCUGCCCAUCAGGGAAGAGUGUCGUCUACACGGUGGUGAGAGGAUCCGCAUACAGGGUGCGCAGAGGGCCCCGUCACAGCCCUAUCCCCAACAGCAGCAGUUGAUGAGGCAGGGUUCCGCCACGGGCGAUGAUCCCUUUCAGUUCAGGAUAUCGCGGGGCGGCACCACAAACAACCCCCAGCUCGCCGAGUACUACGCCACGCAGCGACGCAUGCAGCAGUUCACCACGAGGCCACCUGUGCGCUCGGGUCGGUCGGCGCGGCCCCCCGUCCGGACGAUCCCCGCCCAGCAACAGCAGCAACAGCAACAGCAACAGCAGGCUCUACAACAGGACAUGUUCGAUCCGACUGGGUACUACCACGGACAGCCGUCGUUCGCGGCGGCCAGCGGCGAGGGGGGCAUCGUGGCCGACGAUAUUCGGAGUCUGCGCAGCCUUGCGAGCAGUCACUCGGGCGGCGACGUGGACAUGGGCGACGGGCCGUCCAUGGAGGGCGGGUAUGGUCUCCCGGACCAGAGGGCGUUUUACGGCCUCCAGGCUGGGCCUGGCGAGGUCAAGAUGGAGCCGCCGUUUGCGUACCAGCAGGGGUAUCAGUGA